AUGGCUAUCACCUCGAAACCCGACCUUCUUUCAAAAUACAUGCAACUUGAUCAACGUGGCAACAUCCAAGUCGAGUAUAUUUGGAUUGAUGGAUACAAUCAACUGCGAUCAAAAACGAGAACCGUGCACACGAUACCUAAAAGCGUACAUGAUUUACCGGAAUGGAAUUAUGAUGGCUCCUCAACGGGACAAGCAGAAGGUCAUGAUUCGGAUAUUUUGCUCCUACCUGUCACGAUGUUUCCCGAUCCCUUCCGUCAAGGCGAUAACAAGCUUGUUCUUUGCGAGACUUUCAAUCCAGAUGGCACACCGCAUCCGACCAACUACCGACAUGCGUGUAAAAAAGUGAUGACGACGUUUGCUGAUCAACAUCCUUGGUUUGGCAUUGAACAAGAAUACAUGUUGAUGGAUCCAGAAACUGAACGCCCUUAUGGAUGGCCUCGUCAUGGUUAUCCUGAACCCCAGGGCAAAUACUAUUGUGCCGUGGGAGCAGGCAAAAUCUUUGGACGUGAUAUCAUUGAAGCACAUUAUCGAGCCUGUUUAUAUGCUGGGGUGAUGAUUUCGGGUGUCAAUGCUGAAUGUGCACCAGGACAACUCGAAUACCAAGUCGGACCUUGUGAAGGCAUUGAUGCAGGCGACCAAUUGUGGAUAGCUCGGUACAUUAUGGAACGCGUUGCUGAAGAUUUUGGUAUCGCCAUCUCAUUACAUCCAAAGCCUAUCAUUGAAAGUGAUGAUUGGAGUGGUACAGGUGGACACACCAAUUAUUCAACAUUGGAAAUGCGUCAAGAAGGUGGUCUAGCUGCUAUCGAACGUGCCAUUGAAAAGAUGAGUCUCAAGCACUCUGAGCACAUUGACGUGUAUGGCGAAGACAAUGAUUUACGUCUCACAGGGUUGCAUGAAACGGGUCAUAUUAGCGCAUUCUCAUAUGGCAUUGCCAAUCGUGGUGCAUCCAUUCGUAUUCCACGCCAUGUGGGUAAAGAAGGAAAAGGAUACAUGGAAGAUCGUCGACCUGCGUCCAACAUGGAUCCUUAUCGUGUUACUGCCAUCAUGGUCGAGUCUUCCUUGGGACCAUAG